UGUCAAAUACGGUUUGGAGGAAGAAAAGAAAUUGCUUCAGACUCUGAUAGCAGAGUCACUUGUUUGUGUGCUCAGUUUGAAGCUGUGUUACAGCAUGGUCUGAGGAGGAGCCGAGGAUUAGCAUUAACAGCAGCAGCGAUCAAACAGGCAGCAGGUUUCUCCAGUAAAACUGAAACAGAGCCAGUGUUUUGGUACUAUGUGAAAGAAGUUCUGAAUAAACAUGAACUGCAGCGCUUUUACUCUCUGAAAACAAUUACUACAGAUAUUGGUAGAGGCCGGGCUUGGUUGCGCUGUGCAUUAAAUGAACAUUCCCUGGAAAGAUAUGUUCAUAUGCUGCUUGCAGAUAAGAAUCGACUCAGUGUCUUCUAUGAAGACUGGUCUUUUAUGAUGGAUGAAGAACGUUCUAGUAUGAUCCCUACGAUGGCAGCUGGUCUGAACUCCAUUCUUUUUGCAAUCAACAUUGAUAAUAAGGAUUUAAAUGGGCAGAGCAAAUGCACACCCACCGUGUCUGAUUUGUUAAAGGAAUCGACGCAAAAUGUAACCUCAUUAUUGAAAGAAUCCACUCAAGGUGUUAGCAGCCUUCUUAGAGAGAUAACUGCAUCAUCUGCUGUCUCGAUUCUAAUAAAACCUGAUCAAGACACUGACCCACUUCCUGUUCUCUCAAAGAAUGUAAAUGCUGAUUUGAAAUUUAAAAAAGAUCGAAAAAAGAAGAAGAGAGUGACAAAUAUUAUCUCAUUUGAUGAAGAGGAAGAUGGGCAAAAUUUAGGGGAUGCCAUGAAGACUCUGAUUGCAGGAGAAAGUUCGGAGGAGAGUGUAGACAGAUCUUCAGGUUUUGUAUUACCCUCAUCUGAAAGCACUCUUGGAAAAAAUUUGAAUGGGAAUGAAAGUAACCAUUCGUGGAAGAGCAAUUCAGUAUUCAUGAAUGGAGAUUAUGAAUACCAGAAACUAGAUGUGAAGAGCAUUGAUGAUGAAGAUGCGGAUGAGGAUGAGCUGUAUGGAAAAACAUUAGGAAAUAAAGGCACAGAAGGUGAAACCGAAGCUUCUGAGAA